AAAGAAAAGAAAGGGCAAACCAUAUAAAGUGUUAGCCGUCUGCCUGCCGCUUGUUAAUUCAAAACGAUAACUAAACACCCGCUUAAGGAGGCAGAGCUACGACUCCUACCGGGAAAAAAAAAGGCUAAAGAAUCCUGGUACGCGUGGGAGACGGGAGAAAGGGAGUCCAGAGGAGAAAGGUCGAGAUUGGGGCGUACAACGACUCCGACUCCACAACGCCCGCGGUGGGUUUGGUUUGCGGAUGGGUGGGAACAACAAAGAAGAUGGCAGACUUUUUACGCAUCAUCAUCACCACCGUCGGCCCAUCAUCAUCACCGUCUUUCCCGGUCCGAGGCGGAGGAGGAGACGGGAGCGCCGAAGUCUCUUUAGCCCUAACUUUUAAUCUAGUCGAUCGUUUUUAUACCGAUUCCACUCCGAGUCCGAAUAAGAACCCUCUUUCUCUCAAACUCGUCGCCGUUACAGCUUCUCUCUCCGUUCCUUGGAAACGCGUCUGGAGAGUAGAUGACCUAGGUUUUUCGGUUGCGCCGCGGAGACGAGCGGGAAGAAGUUUUGAGAUCUUGAUUGUGAUUCUGUAGGUUGAAAUCUUCCCAAUGGAAGGUUUUGGGGUUUUUGGAAGUUCUUUUGCAAAGAAACGGAGGAGUGCUACUUCAAGGCGACGUCGGCUGGACCCGCAAUUCACACUGCAGGCUCGUGAUGCCAAGCUCUCUCCUGAUGAGAGUGCAGGCUCUGCCCGAAGGAUUGCAUCAAGUAACAAGAUUGAAGGCUUGGCUGCCCUGAAAAAGCUAAAGAAAGAUGAUGAUGAGUUUGGAGAUCUUGAAGGGCUCUAUAGAGAUUGUAGUUCGAGUGGUGGGUUGUCUGGAAAUUCCGAUCACAGGAGAAGUGGGUCUGAACUGAAGAGAUGCAGUGAAGGUGCCCUUGCUCCCGCUAACUGGAAGGGUGCAAGCAAUGUUAAAGAUAACUCCAAAAUUCCAUCAAGAUCCAGUGAUGGCAAUUGUGGCAAGAGUGGUGAUGGAAAUAAUGUGGGUCAGUCCAUUGGAACUGUCAAUGGAUCAGCUGAUAACAAGCUGAAAAAAGUGAAGCUCACUGUUGGUGGAGUCACCCGCACCAUUCAUGCGAAAUCAAAUUUGGCGAACGAGAAGAGUGGCUUAUCAUCUGUGAAGCCUUCAUGUUCUUCAGAUGCUUCCUGGCGUCGGCAGAAGCUGAUUCUUCAGGAUACGUCGGAUGAUGACUAUCCUCCACCUGAACAAGGAAAUGGUUUGCAAGGAGCUUCACAGAAGGAUUUUGGUGGAGUCAUUUUUCAUGGGGCGAAGGACAAUUCAGGGGCCGAGGCGGGAGAAGAAAGCCUGUCUGGAAAGCAAACAGAUAUGCCACAGAGCACACCCUUCUCUGAGCCUGUUUGCAAAAGCAAGAGGGUGCCCAAGCGACGAGCGUUAGAUGGUGAGUCUGAUGAUGGUAAUGAAGCUGAUGAUGAGAUACGCUAUCUUGAGAGACUCAAAAGCUCUAAGGCGAGUCCAGAUUACAGUGGUGAGCAUGAAGAUGAUGGAGAGGAGAUUGUUAAGAAUAAGAAAGUUUCUAAGGUAUCUAAAAGUAGGAAAAGUGCAUAUGAUGUGGAUGAGGACUAUGGUUUGUCUCGAUCAAACAAGGACAGCAGAAGGAAGUCGAGAACUGUGAGGAAAUCUGAUGACACAGAUUAUGUUGAAGAUGAAGAACCUGGUUCUGAUGAUGGGCCAGAUGCCAAGAGACAGAAACAAAAGAGGGAACCUGUAGAUUCACCGAUAGUUGCCAGAUCCGAACCUCUUACCACUCGUCAGCGAGCCCGUCAAUCAGGUGCUGGUGAGAGUUUGAUCGAGUUCCCGAAUGGACUACCUGCUUCAACUCCGAGAACACAAAAAAAGCAGCUGUCAGAAAUGGAGCAGCAGGCAAGGAAAGCUGAGGCUGCCCAGAAGCGUAGAAUGCAAGUUGAGAAGGCAGCUAGGGAAUCUGAGGCUGAGGCAAUAAGGAAAAUAUUGGGCCAGGAUUCCAACAGGAAGAAAAAAGAAGAGAAGAUUCGAAAGGAGCGCGAAGAAAUGGCACAGAAGAAGGCUGCUGAAUCUUUAAUAUUGCCGUCAAACUCCAUCAGAUGGGUUAUGGGACCAUCUGGCACGGUUGUUACAUUUGGUGAUGAUGUAGGUCUCCCAAGUAUAUUCGACUCCAAGCAAUGCAGUUAUCCACCUCCACGAGAGAAAUGUGCCGCGCCAUCAUGUACAAAUGCAUAUAAAUACAGGGAUUCCAAAUCGAAUCUUCCAUUGUGCAGUCUGCAAUGCUACAAAGCAAUUAAAGAACGCGCUCAGCCGGUAUCAACAUGUUGAUGUCUUCCUCAUUCAUGCAUUUUUUGGUCUUAGGAGAAGCAGGUUGCGUGCCCAGUACGUAGGAAACAACUCAUACUGCAACCCAGGCUCACCUCUUUUCGUUAAUAUUUGUUGCUUUAGAGUUGUGUCAUCUGCUGGGUCAACACGGAGGAUUUGGCUUGUGGGGCAUCAUUGUCACAAAAGGGCUUGUGGAGCCAGUUUUACCUAGUUAUGCCUUCGAUUCAAUCCAUCAUUUUCCGUAUGUCACGUUGAUGUUAUUGUGGUGGUAUGCCGCUUAUAAAUUUGAAAUGAAUAAAUUCGAUUCCAUUCCAGCGAAGAGAUCUUGCAAUUUUUUUUUCUACGGGGUGCAAUACUGCAACUCAUUAUUAGCAAAAUAUUAAGUGAAAUUGUGAUCACUGAUUUCUUGACUACAGGCUUAUCAAGACCGUUGCUGUCAGCUUUGAAAUUUUUGCAGCAUCCGUGCAUGUGGAUUCUAAAGCAAUGUGUGGCAAAUAAAUUA